AUGGCCCAAGCCACGAUUCAGCAGCAGAAUACACUGCACACUGCAGAUACAUUUCAAAGCCCUUUCUGUCUUCCUGAGGGCGGGUACAAUCUCAGUCUUAUAGCCUGCAUGGACAGCCCUUGGGCAGUCCUCGUUGGGACGCACAUCACUCGUCGUCAACACAGGACUUCUUAUUUCGAGGAACAACCUAACUCAACAAACCCGUGGAUCAAGUCCACUGUAAAGCAUAGCCGUUUUUUCACUACCACCACUAAGACUGCCCAGGAGAAAGGUUUAUCACGUCUGAAAUCAAAAACACUGCCGUAUGAGGAGACUCAUGAGCGCCCGUGCAUUCAGCGACUCGACGCAAAACUUAAGAAAGCAUCAUAUUCUUUUUCGAGUACCAAGCUGUCCAUUCCUAUUCCUCAACGCCAGGAGACUCUCCGUCCUCUCAAGUCAUCCGAACGGGGGUUUUCUGUCACAAGUCCUGUCCCUGUGCGGGCCUCGACUGAGAACGAGGAUCCUGGCGACGAUGGCAAUGAUGAAGUCAUGGAGAAAUCUUCUCUCGGUGCCUUCGAAGUUGACUAUCAGAGCACAGGCUUGGAAUCUGACAAUUUCGAUUCCGAUUGUCAGUCUAUCUUCGACGACCAGACUGCAAUCAAUGCAGUGGUUAAUGGCCAAAACCUUGGUCAAGACAUUACUGGUUCGUGCUCUGGCACUGAUGCGACUGACAUUUGA